CAUCUUCUCAAGGAGACUCUCAACCACCAUGAGUGUCCAGGGCCUAAACCGUUCGAUCCUCGUCUUCUCAACUCUACUAGUUGUGAUUUACAUCAUCAUCCAGCACUCAGCGAGUCCACAUCCCGUUGUCUUACCGUCCCUGAGGGGCAAACAGAACAGCAGGCUCUUCCUUUGAUGACAUUGUCCGAUCCUCUGGUCAAUUCUUACCCAGGAAUUUCAACGCCUUUAUCUGUAGCCAACACGAUAUUCUCCCGCUUGCCUCUGGUAGACUCUGAUGCCAAUUGCCCAGUUUCUGUUAGCUCUGCAACAACCGAGUCACAUGCAGAACAUACAGAGGAUGAAUCUUCAAAUCCAUCGAAUCUUCCCGCUCGAAAUUACGAUAAAUCUUUGAACGGCUGCACAAAGUCCCCAAAGACCAUCCUGAUUUCAAAUGCUACUCAUCAUGCGCCAUUUCUACCUGGUACUGAUGUACUAAUAAAACGGGGCACGCGUUUAGGUGUCCCUCGGCGCUUAAUUGCUGGUCAUGAUAAUGCGACUGCUGCCGACCUACCAAGAUCAUCUCUACUUUUUCAAGAUUCUCUCUUGUCUUCAUCUGUCAUGUUCAACAGCGAAGAGGUGAGCAUGGGGCUUGUUAAAUAA